AUCUUCACGCGGUAUUUUCGCGCCGGCGCGGGCUUUUUCCCGCGGCGAUGGCGGACCCGGAGCCGGACGCGGUGUCGGUACCGUUACCGGUAUCGGUAGAGGCGGUGCUGCGUGAAUUGGCGCUGUUUGAGCUGCGAUGCGACGGGGCGGACGUGACCGACAAACUGCUGGAGCUCUGCCUGUCCCACUCAUUGGACCCCGUGACUUUGGCUAACGAGCUGCUCGCCUUCGUUACCAGCAAAGCCCUGGACCCCCAGCUCAGCCCUGAGGCCCUCAGCGCCUUCGAGCACGAGGUGCUCAGCAGGAGGGACAGACGGAUCCCCCCCCCCCGCAGGACGGACAGCCGCUGUCUGCACGACGUGCACACCCUGCAGGGCCUGCAUCUCCUGGAGGAGGAGGAGGAGGAGCAGCUCUUGGAUUCCUAUUGCACCCCGGCCAAAGGACCCCAAAAGCGCAGCAGUUCCACCCCAGAAAACCCCCAUCCCAAACGGAGCUCCUCCACCCACAGCCCCUACAAACUGCUGACCCCAAACAGCUUCAGCCCCAGCGCCGCCCCCUCCCCCCAAUACUCCGCCCGCACCAACCGGGGUUCGGUGGUCGCCUCCUUUGGCCCCAUCCACGACAUCACCUGGGAGGGUCGUGGGGGGGUCGACUGCACCCCAAAACCCUUCAGCCCCCCCGAGCGCAGCCUGAGCCGCAGCUACAGCUUCAUGUUCCAGAGAGCGGCCGACGUCCGGGAAGUGCUGCUGUGGAGGAUGGAGCAGAUCGGCGCUGCGCUGCGCAGCCACCACUGCAUCCCGGAGUUCGGAUCUCUGCUGCUCCCCGCGCAGGACUCGGUGACGGUGUUGGGGCGCAUUGGCUGCGACAGCAAUGGGAAACUGAACCCCAAAUCCGCAGUGCUGGAGGGGGACCGCGAGCGCUCGGCCGGAGCUCAGAUCCCUUUGGAGCUGUCGGAGCUGCAGGAGUUCUCCCUGUUCCCCGGGCAGGUGGUGGUGGUGGAGGGCACCAACAGCACUGGGCGAAGGUUGGUGGUGUCAAAGCUCUAUGAGGGCGUCCCCCUUCCCUUCCACACCCCAAAGGACCCCGCGCAAGGAGCUGCGGGGGGGGGGCAGUGCGUGGUGCUGGUGGUCUCGGGGCCCUUCACCCCCUCCGACAGCGUCGCCUUCGAACCGCUGCAGGACCUCAUUGAGGUCAUCGCCCGGCAGCGCCCCGACGUCUGCGUGUUGUUCGGGCCGUUCAUCGACACCAAACACGAACAAGUAGAGAGCUGCCGCCUUCUGCUGCCCUUCGCAGAGCUGUUCCGGCUGUGCGUGCGGUCGCUGCUGGACGGGACGCGGAGUGCUGGCACCCACCUGGUCUUCGUGCCCUCCCAACGGGACGCCCACCACGACUUCGUGUACCCCCAACCCCCCUUCGUCUGCCCUGAGCUGCCCAAGGAGGACAAAGCGAGGGUGCACUUCAUGCCAGAUCCCUGCACCCUGGACAUCAAUGGGGUCGUGCUGGGCCUCACCUCCACCGACCUCCUCUUCCAUAUGGGCGCCGAGGAGAUCAGCAGCUCCUCUGGGACCUCGGAUAGGUUCACACGGAUCCUCCAACACAUCCUGACGCAGCGCAGCUUCUACCCCCUGUACCCCCCGGCAGAGGAGAUGAAUGUGGACUACGAGAGCUUCUCCAGCUUCGCCUCGCUGCCCGUCACCCCCCACGUCCUCAUCAUCCCCUCGGAGCUGCGUUACUUCGUUAAGGAGGUGUUGGGCUGCGUCUGCAUCAACCCCGGGCGGCUGACCAAGGGACGGGCAGCGGGGACCUACGGGCAGCUGUGCCUGCAGCCACGGUGGGAUGGAGAGCAGAAGAACCCCUGCGUGGCUGCCCAGGUGGUCAGGAUUUAGGAUCGCACCGUCCCGACCCCAAAAAGAGCCCCGAAUUUGGGGUGUGUGGGGGCGGAUUUCCGCCAUCCCGAGUCAGGAUUUGGGGGUUUGGGGAUCGGAUUUCCCCCAUCCAGACCCCAAUCAUAGCGGGUUUGGGGUUUCUGGAUGGUUUUCACCGCUUUCUGCCUCAAAGCGCCAUCAGAAAACCCCCAAAAUGGGCGAUUUAACCCCAUUUCUUCCCUCCUUUCUUUGCUCUUAACCUCAAGGAAGGGGCAGGGUUGGGCUCCAGGUGCAUCAGUUGCAAUUAACCCGCACUAAUUGCCUUAAUUAAUCACCUCCUGGCCCUGUUGUUACCCCCAUAGGAAAACUACGAGGGCGUUUUGGUGGAAAAACAAAAAUGGGGGGAAAAAGUGAAAAAAACAGUGGAAAAAAGGGA